UGUGUGUGAACUGUAGAUGGAUGUGGGUGAUGGAUGCUGGUGACAGCACACUCUUCUGCUGGUUGUAGCAUUUUGUCUCUUAACUGAAAGGCAGAAGAACUUGAAAUGAUAAGAAUCUUUCCGAGCUUUCGAGUUCCGUCUCUUCCUUCUACUCUUGUACCUCGUAGACACCUUAGCUCCGUCGCUUCCUCAUCUUCUCCGGCGAGGGAAUCACAGCGACGGUCGCCGUCGGUGGGACCUGCGCCGUCGCCAAAUAAACUCGAGAUCUCCCCCAAAACCCCACUGUUCCUUAGACCGCCGGCGCACGCAGCUCCGUUAUCGGAGGUCCGAAAAUGGCACGAGUGGGCGAGAAGCCUUGCCUCCUCCGUUGGCUCUUCGUUUACAGACGCCGACGACGGUCCCGACUCCGUCCUUCUCCUUCGGGAGCUCAAGUGGCUGAUCGAAGACUCCAUUGAAGGCGACCCAUCGGCGAUCCAUCGAAGGGAAAUUGGAGGAAAUUCCGAGAAUUUGAAAUUGAGAGCUCCAGUGGAGGAUCUCUACGCUCUGUGGAGGCAGAGGAUUGAGGAGCGUCGGCCGUUCCAGUACGUCGUCGGAUGCGAACACUGGAGAGAUCUGGUGCUUUGCGUCGAGGAAGGUGUUCUGAUUCCAAGACCGGAGACGGAGCUGAUCGUUGAUAUGGUGGAGGAGCUUCUUGCGAGAGACGAAGGGUUCAAGGAAGGGUUUUGGGCUGAUCUCGGAACUGGUAGUGGCGCGAUUGCGAUCGGGGUCGCUAGGGUUUUGGGAAGCCGCGGAAAAGUCAUAGCCACCGAUCUGAGUCCGGUGGCUGUCUCCGUCGCCGGCCACAAUGUGCAGAGAUACGGCCUUCAGGAGAUGAUCGAGGUGAGGGAAGGAUCUUGGUUUGAACCUUUGAAUGAAUUUGAAGGAAAACUUAUGGGGAUUGUGAGUAACCCGCCAUACAUACCCAGUGAUAACAUCUCCGGCCUUCAAGAAGAAGUUAGCAGACACGAACCGAGACUUGCCUUAGAUGGGGGCAUAGACGGGACAGAUUGCCUUCUCCAUCUCUGCCAUGGAGCAUCUCGGAUGCUGAAAGCUGGUGGCUUUUUCGCUUUCGAGACAAACGGCGAGGAACAGAGCAAGAUGCUCGUGGAGUACAUGACCAGUGGUCCCAUGGGUUGUUUCUCCGAUGUGAAGGCAGUUUCCGAUUUCGCUGGAAUCAAUCGGUUCGUCACCGGUUUUCGUCUCUGAGAGCUCGUUUUUUUGAGCUGGCUUUUCUUCUGAGUUCUGAAUGUUGUGAUUCCCCUUAGUUACCGUAGGAAACUCUCAGUUUCACAGGAUUUUGACUUAUGAUGGAGCUCCAGAAUCCACCGAGUCUUUAGUCUUCUAAAAUUAGGAUUUCUCCCUAUUAUUUCAGAGUUUUCUAUCAUGGUUUCUGGUUUAAACAAGGCAGAAUGUUGUGGCCAUAGCUUUGUCUCAGUAUCUGUUAGUGUUGUUUUUCAGACAUGUUCUUGGUAGGAGGGUGAAUUUCUUACGUUGUGUCUGUCUGUUAUAAUCCCCUUUUUACCACACCGUCCAAAAGCUUUUUAAGGUUUAGGUUUUUACACAGUUA